ACCAAUGGCUGCUUAUCGAUAGAAAACAAACACACUCCCAUCACUCACUGUUCCCCAAGCAUUUUCUCCUUCUGCGGAGUAAUCUGUACGCAGCAAUUACUGAAGAGAGAGAAACAGAGUAUGCUCGCAAUUUAGAAGAGAGAGAGAGAAAUUGAGUGAGUGAGUGAGAGCAGUGAUAAGCGCAGACAAUGGCGGCUUCGUCCACCGGAGCGGCGGUUACGGCGUACUCGCUUUGUUCUUCCAAUGCCAGGCUGAUAGAUUUCGCCUCCAGAGAUCGGAGCUCCAAGGUGUUGUUGUUGGCAAGGGUAAAACCCUCAUUUUGCGUCAGGUGCGUCUCCAGUGAGCCGAAGCAGAGAGUACGCGACCCGAUUGCCGAAGAAGGAGUUCUCAGCAAUUUGAGUGCUUUAUCUCCUCAUGCUGCAUCGAUUGCCUCAAGCAUCAAAUACCAUGCAGAAUUUACUCCAAUGUUUUCGCCUCAGAACUUUGAGCCCCCAAAGGCUUUUUUUGCGGCUGCACAAAGCGUCCGUGAUGCACUUAUUAUUAACUGGAAUGCAACAAAUGAUUUUUAUGAAAAGAUGAACGUAAAGCAGGCCUACUAUUUGUCCAUGGAAUUUUUACAGGGUAGAGCUCUGUUAAACGCGAUUGGUAAUUUGGAGCUCUCUGGUGAAUAUGCAGAUGCUCUGGAAAAGCUUGGCCACACUCUUGAAACUGUAGCUUCUCAGGAGCCAGAUGCUGCUCUUGGAAAUGGAGGUUUGGGCCGGCUUGCAUCCUGUUUUCUCGAUUCCUUGGCAACCUUAAAUUAUCCAGCAUGGGGUUAUGGGCUCAGGUACAAGUAUGGCUUAUUCAAGCAGCAGCUUACAAAGGAUGGUCAGGAGGAGGUUGCUGAAAAUUGGCUUGAAAAUGGCAAUCCUUGGGAAAUCGUCAGAAAUGAUGUCUGUUAUCCUGUAAAAUUUUCUGGAAAAGUUGUUGAGGGUUCAGAUGGGAAGAAGAGAUGGAUUGGUGGUGAAGAUAUAGUGGCUGUUGCAUAUGAUGUGCCAAUACCAGGAUAUAAGACCAAAACUACAAUUAAUCUUAGGUUGUGGUCCACUAAAGUACCUUCCGAUCAAUUUGAUUUACAUGCCUUCAAUGCUGGAGAACACACUAAGGCAUGUGAGGCCCAAGCUAAUGCUGAAAAAAUCUGUUAUGUACUUUACCCCGGGGAUGAAUCAGUGGAGGGAAAGAUUCUACGAUUGAAACAACAAUACACACUAUGCUCCGCAUCUCUGCAAGACAUUAUUGCACGAUUUGAGAGAAGAUCUGGUGGUGAUGUGAGAUGGGAAGAUUUUCCGGAAAAAGUUGCUGUUCAGAUGAACGACACUCACCCAACACUGUGUAUCCCAGAGCUAAUGAGAAUUUUGAUGGACUUAAAGGGCAUGAGUUGGGAUGAAGCUUGGAGGAUUACAAAGAGAACUGUGGCAUACACAAACCACACUGUUUUACCUGAGGCUCUGGAGAAAUGGAGUUAUGAUCUAAUGCAGAGACUACUUCCAAGACAUGUUGAGAUCAUAGAGAAGAUUGAUGAACAGCUAAUUGAAGACAUAGUAUCCGAAUAUGGCACAUUGAACCCUGAAAUGUUGGAGAAAAAAUUGGCCACAAUGAGAAUUUUGGAAAAUUUUGAUCUGCCAGCUUCUAUUGCGGACUUAUUUGCCAAACCAGAAGAAAGCCCUGUUGAUGAGACCAGUGAGGAAGUUAAAUCUAAAGAUGAAGUAACAGUUACUGAGAAAGAUGAACAACUUGAUGGAGAGGAAACACAGAAGAAUAAAGCUGUACAUAAGGAACCAGCUUAUAUACCUCCAAAAAUGGUCCGGAUGGCUAACCUCUGUGUUGUGGGGGGUCAUACUGUGAAUGGCGUAGCUGAGAUCCAUAGUGAAAUAGUUAAGCAAGAAGUCUUCAAUGAUUUUUUCCAGUUGUGGCCUGAGAAGUUUCAGAACAAAACAAAUGGGGUAACACCUAGAAGAUGGAUCCAAUAUUGCAAUCCUGACCUAAGUGCUGUAAUCACCAAGUGGAUAGGCAGCAAUGACUGGGUCCUAAACACUGACAAAUUGGCAGAACUGCGCAAGUUUGCAGAUAACGAGGAUCUCCAACGUGAGUGGAGGGCUGCGAAAAAAAGCAACAAGAUUAAGCUUGUGUCAUUCCUCAAAGAAAAAACUGGGUAUUCUGUUAACCCUGAUGCAAUGUUUGAUAUCCAGGUAAAACGUAUACAUGAAUACAAGCGGCAACUUUUGAACAUUCUGGGGAUUGUUUAUCGCUAUAAGAAAAUGAAAGAAAUGACUGCAGAUGAAAGGAAAGCAAACUUUGUUCCCCGAGUUUGUAUAUUUGGAGGAAAAGCAUUUUCCACAUAUGUACAAGCCAAGAGAAUCGUAAAAUUUAUUACAGAUGUUGGGGCUACCAUAAAUCAUGAUCCAGAUAUUGGUGACUUGUUGAAGGUUAUAUUUGUUCCAGAUUACAAUGUCAGUGUUGCUGAAUUGUUAAUUCCUGCAAGUGAACUUUCACAGCAUAUCAGCACUGCUGGUAUGGAAGCCAGUGGAACAAGCAACAUGAAGUUCUCUAUGAAUGGUUGCAUCUUGAUUGGGACCUUAGAUGGUGCCAAUGUGGAAAUCAGGGAGGAAGUGGGAGACGACAAUUUCUUCCUUUUCGGGGCUCAAGCUCACGAGAUAGCACCACUUAGAAACGAAAGAGCUGCAGGCGAGUUUGUACCAGAUGAACGCUUUGAAGAAGUGAAGAAGUUUGUGAGAAGUGGUGCUUUUGGGGCUUAUAACUAUGAUGAAAUGAUUGGAUCGUUGGAAGGAAACGAAGGAUUCGGGCGUGCAGACUAUUUCCUGGUGGGCAAGGAUUUCCCUAGCUACAUUGAAUGCCAAGACAAGGUUGAUAUUGCUUAUAGGGAUCAAAAGAGAUGGACAAAGAUGUCGAUAUUGAAUACAGCAGGUUCCUACAAGUUCAGCAGUGACAGAACUAUUCGUGAGUACGCUAACGACAUAUGGAACAUUGAACCGUUGGAAAUAAAUUAGAGGUCCGUAAAAAUACUGAAGAUGAGAAACAUUUGAUCAGGAAAAAAUACUGAAGAUGAGAAAAUGAUCAUGUAUCAUUUGUAAUAAAUUGUAUUGGAUCGCUUCACUUCCUUCUUAUCUAUCCUAAUUUUGUUCUAGUUCGUCAAUCGAUGUAAAAUUUGUGAAAGAAUACUCUUGGUUGAGCUUGGAAUAAAUAAACUAUCAAUUCAUUUGCUGAAAUCACUUCGACGAAUUCUGUUUUGUUCCUA